UCGAAUUUUGUUUCAAAUUCAGUCAACUUCCAACAGAAAAGAACAAGAAGGAAAAAUGUCUGGAAAAAUUGCGGUAUUUGUUUUGGCCAUGAUAAUCUGCAGUUUUGGAUUAACCAGGGCAAAGUCUCUUGAAUCUCGUAACCAAUCUGCGAAAUCCUCGAAAACCGUUGAUACCAAAGAUCAUGAAAGAUUUUGGUGGAUUCCUUUAGUGGUAAAAAUUGUUAACGCAGUAGAGAGAGGUGAUCAAUCUGAUGAAGCGUCAAAAACAUUUGCCAACAAAGUUCAGGAAAGAUUCUGGUGGAUUCCUAUAGUGGAGGAAAUUGUUCGAGCAGUAAAGAGAGGUGACCAAUCUGAUGAAGUUUUAAAAACAUUUGACAACAAAGAUCCGGAGAGAUUCUGGUGGAUUCCUAUAGUGGAGGAAAUUGUUCGAGCAGUACAGAGAGGUGACCAAUCUGAUGAAGUUUUAAAAACAUUUGACAACAAAGAUUAGGAAAGAUUCUGGUGGAUUCCUAUAGAGGAGGAAAUUGUUCGAGCAGUAAAGAGAGGUUAAGUCUUAUCGAGCAAAUUUGAAAAUACAGAUGACGAUUCGAUGAUGACCCGUGUCUACUUCCGAUUUUGAUUUACAUAUUUUAUCGUGUGAAAUCUAACCUAAUUAUUCAAAAUAAAUUACAUCAAAGCAUG